UCAAUAAUUUUUUAACAUUCAGGUAUGCUAGUGGAAGAUUUAGGACGCCACAACCGGCUUGGUUUACGUCUUAUAAAUGGCUGAGGUAUUCUGUAAAGCUGGAUGGGGUCUUUUGUGCCCCGUGUUUUCUAUUUUCUGGUUCUGAUCCCCGCAGCAAGGCACUGACAACAACUGUAGUUACAGACUGGAGUAACAUAAAAAAGAUUUUAGAUAAGCACGGGAAAUCUGAUAUUCAUAUCUCUAGUUCAAUUGCUGCAGAAAACUUUGUAGCGAUACAGAAUCAACAACAAAAGGAUAUUGAGUGCAGUAUAUCCUCAGCAUAUAAUGCUUUGGUUGAGAAAAACCGAAAAAUUAUGGCAUUGAUUGUCGAUACCCUUAUGCUUUGUGGAAAGCAAAAUAUUCCAAUCCGUGGUCACCGCGAAGAUGCUGAUUCUGACAGAAAGGGGAACUUUCAAGCACUACUAGAAUUUCAGGCUAAAAAUAAUCCAGUUCUGAAAGACCAUCUGGAAAAUGGAGACCCAAGGAUGCGCUACACUUCUCCAAAGAUUCAGAACGAGAUAAUUGCCAUAUGUGGCAAACUUAUUUCUGAUGAAAUCGUCACCGAAUGUAAUCAGUCUCAAAUGUUCAGCCUGAUAGCAGACGAGGCAACAGACUGCGCUACAAUGGAGCAAAUGGCUCUUUGUGUGCGAUAUCUGAAGGACAGCGAGAUCAGGGAAGAAUUCCUUGGUUUCUCCGAGUGCAAGAGUACCACGGGGAGGCAUUGGCUAACGCCUUUCUUGAAAACCUCAGAUGUUUAGGAGUACAGAUGGACUAUAUAAGGGGUCAGGGAUACGACGGGGCCUCAAAUAUGUCCGGGUUAUAUAGAGGUGUCCAAGCCAGGAUCCGCCAACAAUAUCCUGAGGCAGUUUAUACCCAUUGCAAGGCCCAUUGCUUGAACUUAGCAAUUGUCCACGCAUCCAACUGCACGUAUGUUAGAAAUAUGAUGGCCACGGUGCAGACAGUAGCGUUUGCUUUUAACAUGUCCGCAAAACGUUUGCUAAAUUUUCAAGAAACUCUCGGA